UAUGAAUCUCUAACAUUAUAUCGAAUACGUUUCAAAAGCACUUCUAGUAUAAUACUUGGUUUAGAUACAAAUUCAUGUGUUUUUUAUAAUUGUAUACAUUUAAAAGAUUACCCAUCGUUUUGAAAUUUGAAGCGAGUUAAUACCAAUUAUGAGGUUGAAUAUCCAAAUAUGUGCCCAUUUUAUAUGAAAAUGAAUUUGGAAUUUAAUUUUAAUCAGUGCAAUUGGGUCACUACUGUAAAAAAACAGAUGAAAAAAAUGGUAAAAAAAUAACUGAAAGAAGGGGGAAAACAGCUGAAUGGUCUGAAGGAAAGGAACAAAACAGAGAGCACAAAAAUAAGAAGAGAAACUGUAGAAAGAAAGCCAUUUUCCCCCCUUUCCCCCCUUUCUUCACCUUCUUCUUCCCUCUUCUUCUUCUUCUUCACUUUCCCUAAUCUUUUUUCCAUUUCCCUCACAACCCCUCUUCCCCAACUUCGCCAAAGCUUCCAACUUCAUCGCCAUCACCGGGAAAAAGAAGAAGCUUGAAAAAGAAAGAAAGGGACAAUAAUUACACACAGAAGGACUUCAUCAUGGGCUGCUGUGCUUCUUCCUUUCUAGCAGAAACCCACCCAGAAAAGGACCAUCUUAACAAGCCCCAGGUCCUCCACCCUCCUCCUUCGUCGGCUGUCAUCGAUUCUCCCGCCGUCGCAGCCGGUGGCGGCGGCGGAGUUGGAGGAGGAGUCCCUUCUUUCUCGGAAUUCUCCCUCUCCGACCUAAAAGCUGCCACCAACAACUUCAGCUCCGACAACAUAGUCUCCGAGAGCGGGGAGAAGGCGCCCAAUCUCGUCUACAAAGGCCGCCUCUCCAACCGGCGGUGGAUCGCCGUGAAGAAGUUUACUAAGAUGGCUUGGCCCGAUCCUAAGCAAUUUGCGGAGGAAGCUUGGGGAGUUGGGAAGUUGAGGCAUAAGAGGAUGGCGAAUUUGAUUGGGUAUUGCUGUGAUGGGGAUGAACGGCUGCUUGUUGCUGAGUAUAUGCCGAAUGAUACGCUUGCCAAACACUUGUUCCAUUGGGAAAAUCAAACUAUAGAAUGGGCCAUGCGAUUAAGGGUUGCGCUCUACAUAGCUGAAGCCCUAGACUAUUGCAACUCCGAGGGUCGUCAUUUGUACCAUGAUCUGAAUGCCUACAGGGUACUCUUCGAUGAGGAUGGAGAUCCCCGCCUUUCCUGUUUCGGCUUGAUGAAAAAUAGUAGGGAUGGGAAGAGUUAUAGUACAAAUCUGGCCUACACCCCUCCUGAGUAUCUAAAGAAUGGAAGGGUAACUGCAGAAAGUGUUACUUACAGUUUCGGCACUGUCCUCCUUGAUUUACUAAGUGGAAAGCACAUUCCUCCAAGUCAUGCUCUUGACAUGAUAAGAGGAAGAAACAUAAUUCUCUUGAUGGAUUCUCAUUUGGAAGGGAACUUCUCUACAGAAGAAGCCACUGCAGUUGUUGGUCUUGCCUCUCAAUGUUUACAGUAUGAACCUAGGGAAAGGCCUAGCACAAAGGAACUUGUUGCGACACUUUCUCCUCUGCAGCCAAAGCCUGAUGCUCCAUCGUACGUGAUUCUCGGAAUACCCAAACACGAGGAGGCACCACCGACUCCACAGCGUCCUCUUUCACCCAUGGGAGAGGCCUGUUCAAGAAUGGACCUCACAGCAAUUCACCAGAUAUUGGUAAUGACGCACUACAAAGACGACGAGGGUACAAAUGAGUUGUCAUUUCAAGAGUGGACCCAACAAAUGAGAGACAUGCUGGAGUCUAGAAAGAGAGGAGACUUUGCAUUCCGGGACAAAGAUUUCAAAGCCGCCAUCGAUUGUUACUCUCAGUUCAUAGAUGUAGGAACUAUUGUUUCGCCCACUGUUUUUGCAAGACGUAGUCUUUGCUAUCUGCUGUGCGAUCAACCAGACGCUGCCCUUCGAGACGGAAUGCAAGCGCAGUGCGUUUAUCCAGAUUGGCCUACGGCGUUCUACAUUCAGUCCGUCGCACUGGCCAAGUUGAACAUGCACACUGAUGCAGCCGACAUGCUGAAUGAAGCUGCAUCUCUAGAAGAAAAGAAGCAUAGAGGAGGAGGGAAAGGUUCAUGAGAAGAAUAAGGAACUUGUGUAUAAGCAACGGAAAGGGUAAAAAAGAAGAUCCAUCUCCAAGCGUGUUGUUGUAAAAUGGCUAGCCGAGGAUUGGAUUUGUUGAUUGAUUAUAAGAGAAAGUAGGGAGGGAGGGGAAAAGAAAGGGAUUAGAAUAGGAGAAUACUUAAUUGAAUGGAUUGGUCUGCAAUUUGGCUCCCCCAUUUUGAUUGGGGUAGAGAAGAGGAAUUAAGUGAGGUAGUUUGUCAAUGUUGUAAUUAUAGAUGAAAAUCUGUUGCUUUGUACAUGCCUGUUGUAGUUAUGAAUUAUGAUGGUAUUAUAUCCUUGUGGAAUUGAUCAUUUGACUAGUAAUUUCAAGUGGAACUUUCCUUGGUAUGCAGGGAAAUGGAUUGGUAACUAAGGAUCUUUUCUUGUAGAAAUGUUAUAGUUGUAAGUUUACAUUCGUUUUUGGACAUUUGAUUGCUUUUGGUCACACAAAUUGUUGAAACCCACAUCUUGGUUACAAGUGGUUCUUUUUCCCUUAAAGUGAAGCCCAAAAUAACUCCUCUUCAGUUCUUGAAUAUCUGCAGUGGCCAGUGGCAGUGCUUCAAAAGGAUGCCAAGAACUAGCAGAAACAAGUACAAGUAGAAAUGGUCAAAGUGAAAUCACAGUGGCAGUAGAUUAUGGUUCUUCUGGUUUAAAAUGAAAUCAAAAGUUUCUU